AUGGCGUUGAACCGAAGCUUCACAUUGAACACUGGGGCUAAGAUCCCCGCGGUUGGGUUUGGUACUUGGCAAGCAGCGCCACACGAAGUUGAGGUCGCCGUCGAGAUCGCUCUUAAGGCAGGCUACAGACAUUUGGACUGCGCGGCGAUAUACAGAAACGAAACAGAAGUUGGGUUGGGCAUUCAAAAGAGCGGCGUGGACCGGAAGGAUAUCUUCAUUACCACCAAGUUGUGGAACACCAAACAUGAGCCAAGAGAUGUCGAGGCUGCAUUGGACAAAUCCUUGAAGGAUCUUGGUGUCGACUAUGUUGAUCUUUAUCUCAUGCACUGGCCUGUCGCAUUUGCAUCUGGCGACCGUUGGUUUCCUUUGGACGAUAACGGUGUGUUUAAACUGGCAGGAGUCCACUUCAUCGAGACAUGGAAGGCAAUGGAAGCAUUGCUCCAAACUGGGAAGACCAAGGCGAUUGGUGUAUCCAACUUCAACAUUCGUCGACUGAAGCAGCUGCUUGCCAGUUGCGAUGUCGUUCCCGCCGUCAAUCAAGUCGAAGCACAUCCAUACCUCCAACAGCACGAACUAUUUGACUACUGCAGAGAACGGGGAAUUCUGAUCGAAGCAUAUAGUCCUCUGGGAAACAACACGACUGGGGAACCCAAAACAGUAGAUGAUCCAGAAGUCCAUGCCGUUGCAAAGUCUUUAGGCAUGGACCCAGGUCAAGUUCUCGUCAGCUGGGCAGUCCAGCGAGGAACCGUUGCCCUGCCAAAGAGUGUAACAGAGAAGAGAAUCGUAGGAAACUUUCAGGACGCCGUCCUCCCAGAAGACGCCAUGAAAAGAUUAAAUGCCCUAGAGAGGCACAAGAGAUUCAACUUUCCCGGGAGAUGGGGCCAUGACAUCUUUGAUGAAAUCGGAGAAGAAGAAGCGGCAAAAAUUGCAAAGGAUUCGGCUGCCGAUAAUUUGAAAAAGUUCACGGUUUAA